UAAGCUUCUCCUAAAGUAAGUAGACAAUGAAUUUUCAUAAAAUAGGUACCUAAUCUUUCACAGUUGAGAAAAUAGAGAAGUUCUUUUAAAAACUAGAGAGAGGCUAUUUCAACCGAAGUUUGCCUGACAAUUUAAGCAAAAAAGGUCUUCAUAAGCAAAGCCGCCGCGUGAAGUAAAGCCAUUUUGCAAAGUAUUGUUUUGUCCGUGGACGCAUGAUUACUCUGUCAAUAACAUGCUCUUUUUUCACAACAAAAUCACUGGAGUUCUCACAACUCUCAUCGCAUUUUUCAUUUUACAAAGCUGCAAUUCAAAUCAGUUUUUGUCGUUUCGUAGAGGCCAGCGGCAUAAUGACAAAAUCUAAUUUGAAAUUUGAAAAACUUUUCAAAAUUGCAACAAUGUCUAUGCGCUUAAAUGGAUCGCAUCCAUCAAUCAUACGAGAUACACGGUGGUUCAUUAAAUUUUCUAUCAUAAUGAUAAAUACAUUCUGCUGCUGUCUAUUUCUUAUAUAUUCUAUAUGUUGUCACGACAUUAAAACUGGUAAAUUUUCUGAAGCCAGCAAGAAUGGUACUAUGGUUAUCGUUUCAAUUACGAUCACUCUUAAGUACAUGGUGCUCCUGUAUCACCAAGCUUCGAUAAGAGAAAUAAUUAACAUCAUGGAGGAAGACUACCGACGUGCACAAGAUACUUCAAAAGAAGACUUGGAUAUAGUAGUGCGUUAUGCUGAAAGAGGCCAAACCGUGUGCAAGUUUUGGCUCGUGUUCGGUUUCGGCACUAGCGCCAUCUUCCCCAUAAAAGCUUUUAUUCUAAUGGCUUAUUACACUUGGAAAGACAAGUUUGUUCUCGUACCUCUCUUCGACCUAACAUACCCUCAGCCAAUAGAAGCUUACAAAAAUGUGACUGUAGUUUUUUGGAUCUUGUUCGUAGUCACUUUCGUGUUUGAUGUUUACGCGUCUUCAAUGUACGUUGGGUUCGACCCUAUGCUUCCCAUAUUUAUGUUACAUACGUGUGGACAACUUGACUUGCUCAAUCUUCGCAUCAGUAAAUUAUUUGUGGAAGCCGAAGAUCGUGCAGAAAUAGAAGAAGGUUUAAAGAAAAUCAUUUGCAAACUUCAGGAUCUUUACAAAUUAGUAGAUCGCGUCAAAAAGAACUAUUCCAUUUUAUACGAAUACAACAUGAAAGCGACUACAUUUUUACUGCCACUCACUAUGUUUCAAAUAGUCGAAGAAUUGCGAGUUAAACGGAUAAACGUCGAGUUUAUUUCAUUCUUUGCUGCUAGCAUUUUACAUUUCUUUAUGCCUUGCUAUUACAGCGAUCUUCUAAUGGAAACGAGUGAAAAAUUUCGUCAAGCAAUAUAUUCGUGCAGAUGGGAGAAAUGUUACGACAAGCGCAUACGACAAAUUGUAUUGUUCAUGAUGACGAGAGCCAGAAUUCCUAUGGGAAUUACCACGGUGUUCUACGUGAUUAAUCUCGACACCUUCGCCGAGAUGUGUCGCCAAUCCUACGGAAUAUUCAACUUAAUGAAUGCAGCUUGCGAAUGAAAAUCGCAUGAUGUUUUAAUUAUGGACUAAACACCGGUUCAAGAAAGAAGCACACCACAGCUUUGUCAUAGCACGCUAUUAGCAAUUUUCAUUAAAUAAGAAAAACUCUUACCGCAGGAUCAAAUUAACCAUUUAAAUGUACGACAUAAAUACACUGUACCUAUUCUAUUAUGAUAAUUCACUCUGGACGCAAUAAAUUCCUUAUCGCACAAUUAAUUUUAUUAUUACUCAUCCAUUGUCAUAAUUGGGCAUAAAUUCGGUAGAAAUCCAAUUACACAGGGCUAUUAAAAAGGAUAAGCAUAUCUGCUUGGAUGUUUUCAAACGAUAACAGGAUUCCUGAAAUAAUUAUUUCCAAGCAACAACCUAUAUGCCUAGGUAAUGAAAUCCGUGCUGCUAACUAAAAAGGAAAACUCGAUAUUUUCAAGGCAUGAUGACAGGUCGCCAAAACUAAUUCUAGGCUUCAAGUAAGUUGGAGUUUUGCUAAUGCCCUGUAGGCAUGGCAGAGUUGCUUUAACUUUAUCCGUUUUAUUACUUGCUAACUCGUUUGUCGACGUAACGAAAGUCCCGCAGAUUAUAGUCAAUGUAUAUUCAUUAGCAUUUGCUAAC